CUUCUACAUUGUAAUCUACAUUUACAAACAAUGGACUUUUCCACAUCAUCGCUUCGGUUCUUCAUUCUUGUCAUUGUCGCCAUUAACAACGUUCUGAUAGCUAGUGCAUUCACGGGGACAUAUGGAGUCAACUACGGGCGAAUAGCCGACAACAUCCCCUCGCCGGAAAGUGUCGUCACCCUUAUGAAAGCAGCAAAAAUCAAGAACACAAGAAUCUACGACGCCGAUCAUGAAGUUCUCAAAGCGUUCAAAGGAUCGGGAAUCGAGAUCAUCAUCGGGCUUGGAAACGAAUUCCUGAGAGAUAUAAGCACAAGCCAGGAUCGAGCCAUGGAUUGGGUGAAAAAUAACGUGGAACCCUUCGUUCCCGGGACCCGUAUCCGUGGAAUCGCAGUCGGAAACGAGGUUCUAGGCGGCGCCGAUCAAGAACUCUGGGAGGUCCUGCUACCGGCGGUGAAAAACAUCCACACUGCUCUCGACCUCCUCCACCUCGCCGACGAUGUCGAGGUUUCAAGCCCACAUUCCGCCGGCGUGUUCGCUAGUUCCUUCCCUCCGUCAGCCGGCGCGUUUAAGGAAACCCUAGUUCCCUACAUGAAACCUCUCCUCGAAUUCUUCUCCCAAAUCAAGUCCCCUUUCUACAUAAACACGUAUCCAUUUCUCGCAUACAUCAGUGACCCCGAACACAUCGAUAUCAAUUACGCAAUUUUCAAAAAGAAUGCAGGAAUAGAAGACGCGAAAACGAAAUUACAUUACGACAACAUGUUCGAAGCACAAAUUGAUGCGACUUACGCUGCUUUGGAAAAAGCUGGAUUUGAGAAGAUGGAGGUUAUAGUAUCGGAAACAGGAUGGGCUUCAAAAGGUGAUGCGAAUGAAGCCGGAGCUACGUUGAGUAACGCGAGAACGUAUAACCUGAACUUACGUAAAAGACUCCUGAAGAAGAAAGGUACACCUUACAGACCAAAAAUGGUGGUGAAGGCGUAUGUUUUCGCCAUGUUUAACGAAAACCUAAAACCCGGCCCGACCUCCGAGAGAAACUUCGGGCUUUUCAAAGCCGAUGGAAGCAUUUCUUACGAUAUCGGAUUCACAGGACUUGUGCCUUCUUCUGCAACAUCUCUUUUCUCCUUCAAGGUAAUGGCGGCAUGUUCCACAGCUUUAGUAUUGAUGGUGUUAAAUUUGUAG